AUGGCUCUUCUGCCGCUUCGCACAAAGUUCAAAGGUCCAGCUCCGAAGGAAGCCGACAAGGACAUAAUUGAUGAAGCUCUGUACUAUUUUAAAGCGAACAUGUUCGCCAGAAAUUUCGAGAUUAAGUCUCCUGCUGAUCGCACGCUGAUCUACCUUACGUUGUACAUCGUCGAAUGUCUGAAACGCUUGCAGAAGUGUUCAAAUAAAACUAUUGGCAUGAAGGAAAUGGCAUCGUUUGCUUUGAGUCAAGACAUUCCUGUACCCGGUGAGGCCAAUUUUCCUCUCAAUGCUUAUUUCAAGGCUCCUUCGGAUAGAGCUGAAGAAGGUAUUGUUAAGCGUUUUAUUGAAUUUUUUACAUUUUCAUACUAUCCAAAAUCGUCAGUAACAAUUGGAUUUUAA